CGACUCCCAGAAGAAGUGGUGUCUACAACUUCAACUAAUUCAUUCAAGAAGGGUUAGAAAAGGAUUAUCAUAGGCUGCAAGCCUUCUAUACUCAACCAAUAAAUCUGUUAUUGGAAGGCCGCCAACUUUGACUAAAGUUCAACCUUGAGGAUAAUGGGUGGGGAGCAAGGUUUGUCAAUAUCUCCCAUCAUUGAUAAGCUGGAGGUAAAUAAGUAAACAUAAAUCUUAGAAAAAUAGACGCUUAACAUAUCAACAGUACCGGAGAUACCCGUUUAUAAGCCAACACUUAGUGAAUUCGAGGACUUUAGCAAGUGUAUUUCUGCGAUAGAAUCCCGCGGAGCUCAUCACAUAGGUAUUUGCAAAGUAAUACCGCCGUCUACUUGGAUCUGCCGACGUAAGGGAUAUGGUGAUAUUGGUGAAUAUAUUGUUGACAAGCCCAUAUUGCAAACUUCGCACGGUAGUCGAGGUAUAUUUUUGCAGGUCUGUCCUUAUUUCCAAUUGGCAAUGCUCUCAGGAUAUCUCCUCUAGAAAAAGUCUUAGUUUUAACAACUUCAAGAGUCUGGCAUUGUCUAAAACUCACUGUACCCCAAGUUUCAGGGAUUUUGAUCAUCUUGAAAGGAUGUACUGGUCAUCUAUCUUCUCCAGACGUCCGUUGUAUGGUGCAAAUGUUAGUGGGACUUUGAUGGAUGAUGAACUGAAUGUUUGGAAUAUUUCUAAACUUGAUUCAAUUCUAAGCCGUGUGUUUCAAGAAGAGGGUGUACGAAUACCAGGAGUAAAUACUCCUUAUUUGUAUUAUGGAAUGUGGAGUUCUACCUUUCCUUGGCACGUUGAAGAUGUAGAUUUGUACUCCAUAAAUUAUCUUCAUUACGGACUUCCUAAAUGGUGGUACGUCAUACCACCAGCUUUUGCACGUAAAUUUGAAGCAUUUGUUUCUGAAUACUUUCGAUCAGAAUUCCUUAAAUGCAAUUGCUUCCUAAGACAUAAAUGUGUCUUAAUCAGCCCUACUGUCCUUUUACAAGCCGGUAUUCCAACUAGAAAAAUUGUACAAUAUGAAGGUGAAUUCAUGAUUACUUUUCCAUAUGCCUACCAUUGUGGGUUUAAUACGGGUCUAAACAUAGCAGAAUCAUCAAACUUUGCGCUCGCCAGAUGGAUAGAAUAUGGAAAACAUGCCAAAAUUUGCAAAUGUUGGGAUGACACAGUGAAAAUAUGCAUGACCCGUUUGUGCGAAGAUUUCAACCAGAGCUAUUUGGUGAUUGGAAACUUGGGAAAAACCCACGACCUCAUCCUCUUGACGCAUACAUGAUUAAAGAUAUAAACCGUCUUUCUGAAGACACAAUUCAUCCAGAUUCCAAAUCCCUAAAGGCUGACCUACGUAGGGUCGCAAGUGGAAGUUCUGCUCCAGUCGAACGUCCGCCGUUCAAGUUAAAACUCCCCAGACCAGGUGAUCUUAACCUGAUUGACUUGCGGUAUUCUUCUAAACAGUUUAAAGAGGCCAAACUUCCUUAUCAUAUUGCUGCCAAUCCUCAUUUGUAUCAUUUAUGGUGUGGUAAUCCGGCUAAUGAACAGAACGAACGAACUUUCAAUAAUUUUAUUGGUAGCCAUAAACCACAUUGUGCCAUUUGCUCAUUUUUGUGGACUCCUCAGCAUAUUUCCAAACUUUUAUCUACUGAACAUCGAGAUAAAAAUUUGCCUAUGUACUCAGAUCCACACCUGCCUGAGGUUGCGUAUCAUGACUUUCACAGUUCUUCUGUACAAUUUCCACAAGCGGUGAAAAGCCGUAUAAUUAGAUGCCUUCAUUGUUCCCUAACAGUACAUACUAGAUGCUAUGGUAUCAAAGAUGAAACUCUUUUAAAUGAAGACAGUAGUGUCACAGAGAAAAUUUCUUGGAUUUGUGAUGCUUGCAAAGCAGAUGGCAAACCUACGUGUGUGUUUUGUUAUAUGCGUGGUGGAGCUAUGAAAGCUUUGAUGAAUAUAAAUAAUAGCUAUACGGGGCGACCAUACUGGGCCCAUGUAAUAUGCGCACUGGCUACUCCUGGUUGUCAUUUCAAAGACGUACCUCAAAGAUUAGCAUUUAUUUCUGAAGAUACAAUAAAAACAGCCAUUAAUUCUGCUGAACUGUAUUAUAAUGUAAGAAAUGAUCGUAAUGCAAUCUGUGAAAACAACUUUCCUAUGGAAAUGCGUCAGUCAGAUUCUACUCGUUUUGCAAAUUCAAAUAAUAUAGCCAAAAAUUUAAGGUUAGCACAUAAAAGACCACAUGACAGCAAUAGUUAUGGGGAAUGCUAUGGCAAUGGUUUGAGGGAAUGCAGUCAAACUUCCCAAGAAAGUGGAGUAUACGGAAAAAACAAAGCCAGUCAUUUCUCGCGAAAGUUAUGCCGCAAUCAAACCGUUGUCAUAUAUCCCAGUGUCGGUAGUUUGAAACUCUCAAACCGGCAUAACAAGGAUCUACUUAGUAGUGAUGAUGAUAGUGAUCAUCAUAGUCAUCAUCGAAAAACAGAUAUUACUACGAAAUCUGAAAAAAUUGCUACAUUAUUUUCUUCUAAAUGCACUGUUUGUGGAUUACCAGGAAGAGGAUUUCUCCCAUUAGCUCCAUGUUGGUAUGAUGGUUGUCCUGCUAGAUUUCAUGUGACUUGUGCUCAGAUGGCUGGGAUAGUCAUUGGUACGGAUGUGUAUCCGCGUUUCUUUUACAUCGCUUGCCGUAAACAUCCAACUAAUUAUAGUCACCCUGGUUUUCGCGAUCAGGAUUCUGUUUCACCAGGAGAUAACGUAAUGGUUCAAAGAAACAGAAACCUUAUAUUUUCACCUGCCGUGGCUAUUCGAAGAGUAACUCCUCCUUACUGUCGGAUAUCCUUCCCUGAUGGAACGUUCUCAUCUGAUACACCUCCGGAAUAUUUAACAAAUAUUGAUUGGUCCAAAGAUGGGCCACCUACAAAAGGUUCAAUUGUAAAGGUUCUUUGGGAUGAUGGAAUAGAAUAUGUAGGAACAUUUGAAGGUACUACUUCUGAACAAUGGGAAGUCCAACUGGAGUCUGGAGAAGUAAAAGUAUUCAAUCGUGAACAGUUUUAUGUACAGCCAAAGAAGAAGUGUAAACAGUCAGUCGAUUUGAAUGACGAUUCGGAUGAUAAUUCAUUACGACCGUCGUGUUCAUGACAUUUCUGCAGCCGCAUUUUGAAUAAGCGUUUGUGAAUUCACUCUGCAUUUUGUUAAUUGUAUAUGACCUAUUUUUAAACUUUCGGUUUUGUAAGUCUGACUACAUAUUUUCAAGUAAAAGUGCAUUUAUGCUGUUGUAGUGAAGUUUGUAUUUCCUAUUUGAACUGUUAUUUUUAUGAAAAAUACUGAUGUACAUGACUAAAUGUGAACCUGUUCAACAAUUCAGCUAUUUUCGUGUAGUGAAGCUCUGUUAUGUUGUCAGUUUUAGAGUAUGAAGAAGUUAUCGAUCAUUUGCUGUAUUUCGUUUAGAUUUUCAGCUCAAAUUUCCACUCUUUAUUAUGUACAUGUAAAUUUCAAGUCACCAUUGGCGAUGAUGUCAUGUUUAGGCACUCUUAGUUCUGUGCAUUCUUGAAUGUAAAUAACGUUUACCACAAAUCUCACUCAACGCACUUCGUAAUUUAUCUUAAAUGUGUAGGUAAAAUUUGAAAUGUAGCAACUAAGUUUCGCUGCUUAGUGCUGUAGGACGCUCAGGUGACGCAGUCCUCGGGAAGACUUGUUCUUAUCGUCCAUCCAUUUUGGCACUCAUCAGCAACUAGGAUCUGCACUGGGGUAACUCUCACUCUCCUCCUUUAUUUGAAACUUCAUUCAACCUCACUAACUUUAAUUAUUACUUGGAUGAUCAGAUUAUAAAUGGACGUCUAAAAGUCUCCAAUACUUAUAGAGCGAACACUUUGGAUCACAACUAUUAAGGUUAUAUUAUCCUGCAGGCUUUGACUAUUCUCCACGUCUGCUGCCGUGAGAAUUGAUAACUUUUCACAGGAUAGCAUAUAAUCUUGGCAACUACUUUAGACCAUGGACCGCUUACAAGAUAAUUCCUAGUGACAAAUUAG